AGAAAUUUGCCGUUAAAAAAAAUUAUGAAAUUUUGAAUAAUCCGUUACUAUACAUAAACUAAUAACCUUCCUUGUGUGUACUAUUAUUAUCUUAAUUAACAAGUUAAAUCAAUGAAAAUUUUUAAAGCUAUUAAACGGUUUGACCCGCAUUAUAAACUAAUAUAUUAUGGAGCACAUAUGCAACCUCCAUAUUUUAGUAGUUAAGAAACGGUCAAUCAACCCAAUCCUAAAACACCACCCUACUUCUCAUCUCCAUAUAAGUAGGGUCAACCUUCUUCUUGUGUAAGCACUUCAUCUUCAGAUUCUAUAAUUUCUCUCUCUCUCUCUUCUAAUAUUUUUGGAUCAAUCAAAACAACAUUGUAUUUUCUCAAACACACUUUGUUUCAUGACGACUGAUUCUUCAAAUGUCAAAUACGAGGAGGAAUUUAUUACGAAUUUAAAGGGAAAAAAGCUCUUUACGUGUCGAUGGAUUCCAGUUGAUUCUGAACCAAAAGCUUUAGUAUUUCUUAACCAUGGAUAUGCUAUGGAGUGUAGUGUCUCCAUGAAAGGAGCUGCAAUGAGGCUUGUAAAGGCUGGAUUUGGAGUUUAUGGAAUAGAUAAUCAAGGGCAUGGAAAAUCUGAUGGAAUUAAGGGUUUCAUCUCUCGUUUUGAUGAUCUUGUUGAAGACUGUUCUCAACAUUUCACAAACAUUUGUGAAAGGAAAGAGAAUAAAAAUAAAUUGAGAAUACUGCUUGGAGAAUCUAUGGGAGGAGCAAUGGUGCUUCGGUUGCAUUUAAAGAAACCAGAUUUUUGGGAUGGUGGAGUCUUGGUCGCACCCAUGUGUAAGAUUGCAGACAAUAUGAAACCAUCACCAAUUAUGUUUAAUGUUCUAACACAACUUAGAAAAUUCAUACCAACAUGGAAAAUUGUCCCGGGUGACGAUAUUGUUGAGCUUGCCUUCAGAGAUCCUAAAAUUAGACAGGAAAUUCGCGAUAAUCCGUUAUGCUACAAAGGUCGCGUACGCCUGCAAACUGCUAUGGAGUUGUAUACUGUGACUGUUGACCUUGAAAAAAAGUUAAAAGAUGUGACAAUGGCGUUCUUGAUUGUGCAUGGAGAAGAUGACAAGGUAACCGAUCCUUUGACGAGUAAAUUGUUAUACGAGAAUGCUUCUAGUACCGACAAGACCUUCAAGUUGUACCCGAAAAUGUGGCAUGCACUCACUUAUGGGGAAUUUACUGAAAACACCGAUAUUGUUUUUGCUGAUGCUAUUAGUUGGAUCAAUGAGAGAAUUGCCAGAGGAAACUCGAGACUAGAGAGGGAGCAAAAGUCGAAAAACGAUGAGCCUCAUGACAAUGAUAAAAAGAAAGAUCAUAACUAGAUUAGGUUUCAAUUCUACUUAUAGGGUAUCCCUACAUUUCUUUCCAUAAUAAUUAUAAUUCCUAUAGUUUUUAGGGUUGUAAAGAGUAUGCAAAUUAAUUGUUUUGAUCUAGACAUGUUUAUAUGGAUCGAGAUGGUUGCGUCAA